AAUCAGAAGCGACGCUGGGGCCAUGUGUGUAUUGUUUAAACUGCUCAAAUCCCAGUGAGAACCCAGUCCGACAAAACUUCCACCAAACAGAGUGAUGGCGGCCGCCGUGUCUGUUAGCACAGCUGCCAGAGAUGAGAGCACGGACACAGGACUCACUUUCGCCUCUCGCCCGCUUCACGAAAAUUACGACCUCGGUGCCGAUCACGAAAACUGGAUGCCCGGAGACCGCCGGCAUCCCGAACUCGAGCCCGGGGAUGAGGACUCGACAUCGGAACGCGAGUGUCAGCGGAGGGUCGACGAGGACUUGACAUCACUGAGCCCCGAAGAGAUAGAGAGCCGCUUAGAGAGAACUCGACGGGAGUUUUACAACCGUAGAAAGAUUAUCAUAAAAAAUCUGCCCUCCGACGUCAGCAACCAGGAGGUCCAUGAGCUCUUGGGAAACUAUGACUUGAAGUACUGCUUUGUUGACAAGUACAAGGGCACAGCAUUUGUGACGCUGCUGAAUGGGGAACAGGCGCAGUGUGCCAUCAAAGACUUCCACCAGCAUGUGCUGCGGGACAGGGAGAUCUCUGUGCAGCUGCAGCCAACAGAUGCUCUGCUGUGCAUCGCCAACCUGCCCUGUGCUUUCACCCAGCAGCAGUUUGAGGAGCUUGUGCGCCCCUUCGGUAACCUGGAGCGCUGUUUUCUGGUGUACAGCGCCACCACGGGGCAUUCCAAGGGCUACGGCUUCGUAGAGUACAUGAAGAAGGACUCUGCUGCCCGGGCCAAGUCGGAGCUGCUGGGAAAGCAGCUGGGCUCCCGCAUGCUGUAUGUCCACUGGACUGAGGUGGGCUCCCUCACAUACCCACUGCUGCACUCUAAAUGUCUGUGCGUGGACCGCUUGCCCCCGAGCCUGCUGACAGCCCAAGACCUCCGCAACGCCCUGGCUGACACCCAUGCGCCGGUCUUCUGCCAGUUGGCUCAGGGACAAGACGGAAGUUUUCGCCGGUUUGCGGUGUUGGAGUUUGCCACAGCUGAGACGGCCGAAGAGGCACAGCGACUCACCGAUGGCAGGCUGUUGGGUGGGACACACAUAAGGGUGUCCUUCUGUGCCCCUGGCCCUCCUGGAAGAAGCAUGUUGGCUGCGCUGAUUGCUGCUCAAACCAUGGCGGUGAAUAGGGGUAAAGGUCUCCUCCCUGAUCCCACGGCCAUGCAGAUACUUACAGGCCUCAACAACCCCGCCACCCUCAAGAUGCUGUUCAACCCACUGUCACAGGGACACAAACAAGGCCUCCUCGGGGCAGCCCCCACAGUGCCCCUGCUGGCCAACCCCGCCCUCUCUGCCGCCCUGCUCCAGAUGCUCCUUCAGAACCAGGCCAAGGCCCAGCAGCAAGCCUUUCUGGGAAAUCAUCUCCUUUGGGCUCAGGUGCUGCACAAUAAAGAAAACCCUCUCGUGCCUUGUGCAGGACUCAUUGGGGAGAAUCCUCUGGCCACUCUGCCUGGCCAGCAGGGAGUCCAUCUGCUCGGAGACCUGCCCCAAGGUGGUGUCGUCCCAGGUCUCGGCCUUCAGACGGAUCCUCUAAACCCCCUAAAGCCGGUGCCACUUGGCAGAUCCCUGGCAAGAGAGCAGGAGUCUCCCACAGCAGCGUGCUCCUUCCCCCAGACUUCCUCUCCCACCCUGCAGGGCAUCUCCAUGCCCCUGAUGGGCAGCAUGAUGGGGGCAGAUGGCCUCACCGCACAAGGGGUAUCCAUACUAGGAGAUCCCCCCAAAGAUGUGAACCUUCCUCAGGGUGCCUUCCUCAAUGUCAACAAUGUUUUUCCCUCAGGGAGCUGCAGGCCUCACCCCUAUAGGAAGAGGCCAACACUAAGCAAUGUGUCCAACCAGCACACUCACCAGAGCAUACAGCCAAACUACAACCUGCGCUACCAGGACUCCUACAGCCCAGAAUAUCCUCCACUUCACCAGGAUCCCUUGUCCCACUUGUAUGAACAGCAGGAGAACCUCGAUACCGGGGCCUUGGCAGGAUUCGGUCAGCAGCUCUCACGCCACCUGGACUACAGCGAGAGGUUCUCUCCCUACAGUUACCCUCCCAGUCCACCCCUGUCCUACUUCAGCUCAGGGCCCGAGGCCUCCGGGAACAGCUGCCCCCCAAACGCUCAGCUCAACAGGGCUGUGGGAAUGCCUCCUGUGAGCCACAACACCAACUACCCUCCAGGCCUGGGGAAUGCAGUGAAGACUCCCAUUGGUAGCCACAAGCGUGUGUUCUCCCGCCUGAUCCCGUCUCCAGAGCCGAGCCCCGAGGGCAGCUACGUGGGCCAGCACUCUCAGGGUCUGGGUGGCCAUUAUGCAGACUCCUACCUGAAGAGGAAGCGUAUUUUCUAGAAGCAGCUGAAUGCUUCUCGCUGCAGGAGUAGCAUUUCAACAGCCAGGACACAAAGGCACCUCCUCCGGUCUCCUCUAAUGAACUUGGGCUUGGUGGUCCUUGGAUUUGUCUCUUGUGUACUCCUGUGAUCGACCCCUGGAGGGCGCUGGGGAGUGCAGCCUGUUGCCAUCUGGACAGUUGUUUCACUCUAUGGGAAUUUUUGGUGGUUGUUUUUUUUUUUUUUUUUUCUGUUUGUGUGUGUAUAUAUAUGAUUUUAGUGUGUUGGUAAAUUAAGUUUUUACUUUAUUUUUUAUUUGAAUUUUAAUUUCCUGUUGAAAAAGCUGUACAGUGAGGAAAAGAAAUGGUUAAUUAGCAAAUGAAGUCUUUUUUUCUCUUGAGCAUUUUUUUUUUAUUAUUAUUCCUGUGUUGAGUGUGGUGUAUCAGCAGAGCUACAGAUAGUUUGACCAGGUUUCAGUGGCGGCCUCAGGCUGCUUUGUAUGUUUGACAUCUCACUACAGUGAUGCUGUCCACAAUUCCAGGCAAAGGGACUUGCAUAGUAUAAAACAAGCUUAAUUCCAAAGGCGCUACUUUUUAUUUUUAACACCGCCUUCUUAAUCUUUGUGAAGUUCAGUAGUUUGUUUGAGAUGGUGUUUCUGUGUUGUGGUAUUUCUUGUUUUCUCUUCCACAGGGUUGUAGAUUUUGCUGUUUGACUCUAUUUCUGGAUCAGGCCUCUCCUCAUUGGUUAACAUUCAGCUUUCCAUCCACCAAUGACAGCUGUGUGUACCUGCCUGUGUGUGUGUGUGUUUGUGUUAUGAUGGUGAAACUUUUUUUUUUUCUUUUUUUUUACCAUUCUGUGCCAUACUGUUUUUCUCGUCAUCUACACCCUCCAGCUUGUUCGGUCUGUUCUCUACACUGGUUGUUGAGUGAUGCACUUGGAGGGCACAGGUCACAGCCCUCACCUGUUCUCACCUCUGUAUAAGAUGCCAUUAUGUCUUCUCUCACUCAUAUUGUCCAUGAGUUGAAUAUUUUCUGUGUUUAUGUGAAGUUCUGUGUCAAUUUUUGAAUGUCUUGAGUCUAAACACAACACCUCGAUGGUUGCGUUGGGUGGGUGCGGGCGGGCGGUGGACAUGUGCUGCGUGCCGUCUCUCAAGCUGCCAGCAGAUGGUGAAUACGGGAACAUUAACCAUCUCUCUUCUCUCAGAGGCUUGACUUCUCUCGAUGAGUAGACGGCAGCUGGAGGGAUGGACGCGGCCUGUCCUCAGUUUUUCCAGUACUGGUGGGAGUUAAAUCUGUCUGGGGGUGCUAAUGGAAGCUCGUGGCAGGUGAUUGGUCAGUGACAUGACUGUCUAUGUUGUGUUUUUUUUUUUUUUUUGAAUAAUUAUCUGGUUGACAGUUUGAUUGUGAAAACCCAUUACCUCUGACUUCUGCUAGGAAAUGCAGCUACACUCGAGCCUUAACAGUGUUCUCUGUGAAUAUCAUCCUGCCCUGUGUUGGCUUCCAUCUACAUUUACCAUUUCUGUGUUUAUUUGCUGUGUAUAUAGUUUAAGCUUGAUCAUUUUUCGGAGUCCGAAUCUUUUGUUUUCUUCUUUUCCUCAUACCUGCCUCUGGUCUGGUGUUUUGAAUGAAUUUGCUGCUUCUCUCUCUCUCAUGUUUUUUUGUUGUUUGCCUGUAUGUUUUUGAAAGCUGAUGUGAUGAGAGUGGCGCCACAGCAGACUGCUCAUGUUGUGUAUAGACUUAGAGAUGCAGCUGUACUGUUUGACCAUCAUCCAUUUUAAUUAUUUUUAUUUUUUUGAUCGACUGCUAUCUUCUCAUCUGUACCGCCAUGGUUGUCUCUGUAUGUGUGUGACGUGAGCAAGUAAAUGUUAUUUAAACUCA